CAUACAUUCGGCGUUCAUGCAUGAUAGCUCGAAAUAUAUCUUGACUAUAGGAUAGACCUGUAUACCAGCUAGACCUAUAUCAUACUGAACUAUAGAAUAUGUCGGACCAGGCAGCGAUGGAUCGGGAACGGUGGAGUUGGCGAUUUGAAUCUAUUGGGACGAACAUCGGCUUCGUAGCCUGUUUUCAGAACUUAUGGCGCUUCCCUUACCUCUGCUACGCCAAUGGCGGGUUUAUCUUCCUCAUCCCAUAUUUACUAUGUUCCAUGUUUCUUGCGAUUCCUCUCAUGUUCCUGGAGACGGCACUCGGUCAAUACACCUCCUCGGGUCCCAUCAGAGCAUGGAAGAUAUGCCCACUUUUUCAAGGUAUUGGUGUCGCCACCACUGUCGUCGCUUGGUGGCGUACCAUCUACCAUAACGUCAUCCUGGCUUGGACUCUAUACUACCUCUACAGUUCGUGCCUUGGCGGUGAGUUCCCCUGGACGAGAUGCAAUAAUGUAUGGAACACAGCUUCAUGCCUUGAAAGCUCCUCUAAAUGGGUGUGCGUCAACGGAACCUAUAUCAUCGGCAACAAGUGGGAAACGUAUCCAACGGAAGCACCGCGAGCUCCAUCGUGGAACAGUAGGGAUGUAGCAGGGUCUUCAGAUAACCCUGACAAAUGUGCUUAUAAUUACCCUUCAACCACCAACCCGGCCCAGGAGUUCUGGCAGUAAGUUUCAUGAUAAUGA